UGUGGAUGUUCUUUUGAGUUUCGGGAAACCAACGCUGGCAGACUCGUACUCGUAGCAUAUACCACUGCAACCAAUACGCGAUUGAUGUAUCCCUGCCAGCCCUAGAAUAGUAGCAAGGAGCUAGAUAGCAGCAGCAGCAGACGAAAACAAAGUGAGAGGUAGUCCAUAGAUUCCAAGGUCAACCAAAAUGAUGAGGCUCUGUCACGGCCAUUUCCUGUUGGUGGCAACGGUACUGUCAGUCUUCUGUGGUAGUGCCGUGUCCCUGUCAUUCCAAAGUAAUAAUGUUGUGGACGAACGCUCGAUUCUUCUAGAACUAUACAGCGCCACGGGUGGUCCUUCCUGGAACGAGAAUCAAGGUUGGGAAGAUGCUACCCCCGAUGGAACGGAUGACUAUUGCGAGUGGACAGGCGUCAUUUGUACGGGUGAAGCCGAUCUGGACACAUUUCAGCGGCGACAACUGGAGGAAGACGACGGAGACGAUGACUAUUACCAAGAUGAUGGCACUUCUCCUGCUGCUGGCACUACUAGUAGUAGUAGUACGGCUGCUCGUGAGUCGUCGUCGUCGAACAGUAAAGAUCCCCAUCGCGUCAUGGGUCUCGACUUGACGCAAAACUUUUUGCAAGGCAGAACUCCUGCAUCGCUGUGGAAACUUCCCCUACUUCAGUACCUGAAUGUCAAUCACAAUGAUAAGCUCCAGGUGGACUUUAGCAGUGUCCACGACGCUCCCCAGCUCAGCAUUGUCAAGGCACAGUUCACCGCGACUGCCUCGUUGGCCGGAUUGGAUCACGCUUCCUUGACCCUCAACGUGGUACACCUCUCGGGGUGUCCCCUCCGCAGUUCAUUCCCCGCCGAGUUGUUGGCAUUGACCAAUCUACGCGAUUUGCAACUCUCUGGUUGUCAACUAGAAGGAAAACUAGAUGGCAUUCAAAAGUUGACCAAUCUGCGCAAUCUCAACCUAUUUGACAAUCAGUUGCGAGGGCCAUUGCCCAAUGAAAUGAUUCAAAUGACACGAUUGCAAAAGUUUAGUUGCAGUCGCAAUCAACUCACGGGAGACUUGCACGUGGUCGAUGCCUUGGUGGAUUUGGACGAAUUGUACCUGGCAGAGAAUCAGUUCCAGGGACGGCUACCCUCGCUGUCGGCCAUGCCGCGAUUGUCACGAGUCUUUUUGAAUAUGAACCAGCUCACGGGGCCCGUUCCUCCGCAAUUUCUCUUGGGUAUUACUACUUGGGAACCCAACUUUGCCGAAACGGCCGGAUGGAUUCGGGUCGAUAUCUCCAAGAAUCAGUUGACAGGGAUCCUUCCGGAGAGUUUGGAUAUAUUGCAAGAUUUGUCCAUGGACUUUAAUUGGCAAGACAAUCGAUGGGUGAACGUUUCCGAAGCUCUUUGUGACAAUGAGUACUGGAACCGUGGAGCUGUCAUGAACUUUGCCUGCGAUGGGUUGGCAUGCCCCCCAGGAACCUACAGUGUCAUUGGACAUGCCAGCAAUAGCUACGCGUGUCGUACUUGUGAUGCUGCCGAGUUUUACGGAGUGUCGACGUGUGUUCAAGAAAAUGACAAGGCUGCCUUGAUUGCACUCUACAGUGAAACCAACGGAAACAACUGGAUCAAUAAUACAGGAUGGAAACUAGCCCAUGACUGGCAGGGACUGUACGAUACCGGUGACAUUUGCGAAUGGUACGGAGUUACUUGCUUUCAACCAGGAGAUACCGAUGACGACAGUGCGGGAGGUAGAGUUCGGAGGAUUGACUUGUCGGGGAAUAACUUGGUUGGAGUAGUCCCUGAAGACCUAUUUACAAUGGACUAUUUGGAUACCCUCGAGCUUUCAGGGAAUCCCGAGUUAGUUGUCCCACUCACCAAGAUGGAUGAAUCGAGUGAACUUCGAUACCUCGAUAUCAGUCGAACUGCCACGGUCAACUUUGAUGGACUCGAGAUGGCGUCCGAUUGGUUUGCCUACUUGAUUGCCGAUGGUCUGACUUUGGGAGGGACCUUGCCGAAACAAGUUUUGAACCUGACCGCUCUCAAGCUUCUUUCCAUGUCCGAAUGCCAGUUGAUUGGCACCGUGCCUGAGAAGUUGGCCAAUUUAAAACAGCUCAACGAAUUGUACCUGUUUGACAACCACCUUCGCGGUUCCAUUCCCGAUGCUAUUGGGG